AUGGAGCCUUUGUGUGGCACCUUGAGCGUCGUUGCUGGCGUUGCCAGCAUAGUCUCCGUCAUUGGCAAAUCGGUAGCGACCCUGACACAACUACGCCAGAGGUAUCGGGAUGCAGAGCUCAAUAUUAGUCUUUUGACAGGCCAUCUUCGAACCGUUCGGACUGCCCUGCUCCAAGUUCAACGUUGGGCAGAAUGUCUAUCGGAGGACUCUCAGCAUUACCAGUUGAUGCUGGACCUGGGGGACGCCAUCACUCAUUGCAAGUUGCUCGUCGAACACAUCGAUAAUCAGAUCUCGAAAUUCCAGUGGAAUGACGAGGAGCUUUUGAGAAUUGGCAGCAAAGUCCUCUAUCUUCUCGAUGACCAGGCCACCAAAGACUGUCUCACCCGGCUAGACCAUCAGAUCAAUGCUCUCAAUCUGUGCUUGACCGCGUUUCAAUGUCGGACACCGACUGAUCAGAAACGUUUGCUCGAGAGAGAUGACAGCAGAGAAGUCUUCAAUCAAGCCAAAGACGAUGCCACGUCUCUCGGGGGUUUCCGCGAUUCUGCCUCAUUCGCCACGUUCAGGACCAGUCUGUCUACAGCCUCGAAGUUGUCAAAGACGUUUGACUUUGACGGUCUGCUUCUGCGACACAAGAUCUACCAGAACUCCUUUCGGUCUAUGCUCCGGCGUGCCAACAGUCCCACGGAAGAGCGCACCGGGGAAAAAGGCCAACGGCGGGCACUCUCUGACACCCCCCUCCUUCAGCUCAAGAGCACUGCGCGUGACUCGGCCAUGAUUGAUCUGAAGCUCAAGCAAGAUGCCCGAAAGUUGAGCAAAGAAGUCAAGAUCCUUGCCGUUGGGGACAAACACGGAAGAUCCGCAAUUGUCAAGCACAUGAGACAACGGUACGGUCGGCCCUACUCAGACUCAGAAGUCGAACAAUAUCGGCAAUCAAUCACAUCUCUUGCCAUCAAGGCCCUCGUGGCUAUUUUGGACUACGUCAAGGACACUGGAAAUGGCCUCGUCAGUCAGGUCAGCAGGGAUCAUGCGGACAUCAUCCGAGACUUUGCGGAUUCAGGGGCACCCGAUUGGAAAGUCCCCGUGGGCUUCACACCGUCUGUCAAACACAUAUGGAACAAUUGGCACGUUCAACAAGCGUUCUCGGUGAUGCGGCAACAUGGGCAAACUGCUUACUAUCUCAACUCGAUUGAAAGAAUCUGUCAGGCCGACUAUACGCCCAGCAACAUGGACAUCAUCCGAGCUCCUGAAGCCAUUGACACCAUGAAGGAGACGGAAAUCGUCAUGAACUCGUCCACACUGCGCAUUGUCGAACUCAAGGAACAAUAUGCCAUGAAGAUCAUCUCGCAAUUUGCAGACGUCCAGUUCUGUCUCUUCGCCAUCGAUCUCACAUGCUAUGAUCGAUAUCUUGAUGACGCGUUGAGGUCGAACGAACUUGUGGAGAGGCUGUCAGACCUCAAGAUCAUCUGUCGAUCCGCGUACUUCUCCAAAAGCAUCAUCUUGCUUAUUUUUACCAACGCCGCAGCUUUCAGAAAACACAUUGCCAUCUCGCCCAUGAAGUCCCACUUUGAGGACUACAAUGGGGGCAACGACGUCAACGCUGCUACGAAGUAUAUUUUGAAGAGGUGCAAACAAGUCAACAUGAUGGAAUUGCCGUUGUUCUGGCACAUGUAUGACUAUGCGGUCGACGAGGGCGACGCUGAGGCAAUAGAUCAUUUCUUCAUGCAAUCUGCGGCGAGCGUUUCAGCGGUGUCGUGGCUGAGGGAGAUGGGCAUUGGAACGCCGUAG